GAAAAAGAAUCACCUAAAAAAAAGAGGAAAUUCAAAGGAGAAGUGAACUGGUAUGUGGUUUCAUUUCAAAUCCAAAACAAACUAUUGGAGCCGAGUUGUGCCGCUUCUACAGAGUUGCGGCUUUCUCCGCCGUGAGUCGUGGCGCCAUCCACCCAGUCCCGCCGUAGGUUGGUCAGCCGCACCUAUUCAGCAACAUCACUGGUAUGUUGUUUCGUUUCUUCAAUUUCCCUUCUCUCAUUCAUCGUUCUCUCUUCAAAUCAUUCUCCAAAACUACUCGCUUCAACAAAUUCAGGUUUUCUUCUACUUCACUUGCACUCUCUUCUUACUCUGAUACCCACUUCACUAAACCCUCAAAUUUUUCCUCUUUUGACUCAGACAUAACGUCAAACACCUUCCAAGUCCUCCAAAAACUUUACUUUUUACGAAACAACCCUUCUCAAGCACUCUCAUACUUCACUCAACUCAACCAACAAGGUUUCUCUUAUAACAUUUCAACCUAUGCUGCCAUCAUUAGAAUAAUGUGUUAUUGGGGUUGGCUUAGAAAGUUGGAUUCUUUGUUCCUUGAUGUAAUUGCUCAUUCCAAACAAGACCCAUCAUUUAAAAUCCAUGAAUUGUUUGAUUCAUUGUUUGAAGGUGUUGAUGUGAAUCAAAAUCAUUACUUGCUUAGAGCUUUUGAUGGGUUUGUUAAAGCUUGUGUUAGUCUUAACAUGUUUGAUGAAGCUAUUGAAUUUUUGUUGCAUACUAGGAGGAGUGUGAUUUUGCCAAAUGUACUUACUUUUAACUUUCUUAUUAACCGGUUGGUUAUACACGAUGAAAUUGAUACGGCUUUGUUUGUUUACGAGCAAUUCAAGAGGCUUGGUUUGAUUCCCAACCAUUACACAUAUGCCAUUAUCAUUAAGGCACAUUGUAGGAAGGGUGAUUUGGAAAAUGCAUUCCGUGUGUUUGACGAAAUGAAGGAAGUUGGGGUGAAUCCAGAUUCUUAUUGCAACACAACUUUGAUUGAGGGGUUGUGCAACAAUUACAAGUCUGAUUUGGGAUAUGAGGUGCUCCAACAUUGUAGAAGUACAGCUGCAUCUGUAGAUGUAUAUGCAUAUACUGCGGUUAUUCGCGGAUUUUGUAAUCAAAUGCAAUUAGAUAGAGCUGAGAGUGUGUUUUUGGACAUGGAAAGGCAAGGGCUUGUUCCUGAUGUGUAUAUUUUUUCUGCGUUGAUCAACGGGUAUUGUAAGAGCCGGAAUUUGGAUAAAGCUUUAGCCAUACAUGAUAGCAUGAUUUCAAGGGGUAUAGAAACAAAUUGUGUGGUUAUUAGUUGCAUCCUCCAUUGCUUGAAUGAGAUGGGAAUGGCUUCUGAAGUGGUAGCAACAUUUGAAAAUAUCAAGCAAUCGGGUGUGUUUCUUGACGAGGUUGCUUACAAUGUUGUAUUCAAUGCUUUGUGUAAUUCGGGAAAGGUGGAUGAUGCAAUGAAUAUGCGGGAAGAUAUUGACUUAGAAUUAGAUAUCAAACACUACACAACCCUUAUCAAUGGUUACUGUCUUCGGGGUAAACCUGUUGAAGCCCUACGUUUGUUCAAAGUAAUGGAGGAAAAGGGAUUGAAACCCGAUGUUGUUACUUAUAAUGUACUGGUUUCCGGGUUGUUUAGAAAUGACCAUGCUUGUGAGGCAAUUGACCUUUUGAAAUAUAUGGCAGAUCAAGGUGUGAUGUUAAAUUCGACUACACACAAGAUGAUCAUUGAAGGUUUGUGUUCACAAGGCAAGGUUGAAGAAGCUGAGGCAUAUUUUAAUGGUUUGGAAGAUAAAACUGUCGAAAUCUAUUGCGCUAUGAUGAAUGGCUAUUGUGAAAUUGACCUUAUUGAGAAAUCUGAUCAACUUAGAAAAGCUAUUAUGUUGUUAGACGCAAUGUUGAAGAUGAAUAUGGAUCCUAGAAAAGUAAUGUAUUCUAAAGUAUUUACUGCGUUGUGUAGCACAGGGAAUAUGAAAUGUGCUCGCUCUUUGUUUGAUUCUUUCAUCGGGAGAGGAUUUACACCUGAUGUUGUAAUUUACACAAUUAUGAUUGAUAGUUAUUGUAUGAUGAAUUGCUUGAAAGAGGCUCAUGACCUCUUUCAAGAUAUGAAUAUAAGAGGGGUUAAACCUGAUGUCAUUGCCUACACAGUUCUACUUGAUGGCUUGUUAAAUAGAGGGCACGUGAAGAGAGCUUUGGAGUUGUAUAAUGAAAUGUGUUUCAAGGGAAUGACAUUAAGUUCGGCUUUAAAACGUUGUAUUCAAAAAGCUAUAAAGAUGCAAUUUCAUAAGUAGCUAGUCAGUUUUACUGCUUGUGCUGCGAUUUAUCACAAGUUUGAAAGUCUAUCUGAUUGGAAAGAGAAGAGAGACACAAGUCACUUACCAGGAUGUCGUUGAACGUAGGUUUGGUACAAUUUUCAGUGUGACACUUCUUUUGGACGGUUCUAGAUAUGGUUUUGAAAAUGGACCUGGUGGUUACACAUUGCAACCUUGAUGCUUGAUGAUGGUAUUACAUAAUGUCUUUUGAUUUCCUGGUUAAUGUAAUAUGCCGAUAACAUCAUAAAGGCUUAUCCUACAUCAAUGGCAAUGCUUCUGACACUAUUGAUGUUUAUCUUAAACUUCAAAUCUACAUGCAGCUUUUCUAGGGCAUCAUGUGUAUGAUGCCUGUACACAUGUAUUAUGCCCCAGCAGAUAAAUUUAUUUGCACAGUAAAAUCAGAUGAAGAGUGACUGUUUGGCAUCCGGUGAUUGAAAAACACAUUCAUGAUGUUAUAUUCGCUAUUUGAAUACAAUUUUUUGUGCAGGUUUAUAUGAAAAUCGUUUCAUGCUUCUAUAUCCAGUUCCUUGAGCCAUAUUUGAGGACCUCUGAUGUAAAACAGGGCUCAAUGAAUAAACAUCUUAAAUUGCUAAUAUGGCAUAGUCUCAUUCAAUACACAACAUGCUCGCUCACUUGUACUCUACUGUAGGAUGUCAGACUUAUCACUACAUCUUAUGGUAAAUUACCUGUAUGCUAGUGUACAUGAUAAAUUUUUCUGUAAAUUUAUAUUUAGGGAACUCACAAUUUAUUAAUCUUCGAUUUAAGUAAUACAUGCAUCAAGAGAGGAAUGCUAAUAGCUAAUCCCUCAGUUCCUUUUUUACUGAUGCUUUUGUAGAAGCAUGUUCCUAUUUAUUUUCCAUUUUCAAAGUUCAAUACAACAUUAACUAUUGUUUGAUUGAUAAUACUCUUAACUAUUUAUUACGAAGAGAGAAUUAGGUUGAAUGAUAUAUUAAAUAGUGAAGGGACAAGGUCCAAAUCCGUAUGAGACAGUUGUAAAAUGAUCGUUAGUGACUCUGUUAUUAAUUAUAAUUUCCCCUUCUCUAUUUGUUUUAAAAAAAAAUAUAAUAAAUAGUGAAGGAAAUUAUUGUAGGGAAAAGAUGAAUAAUUUCAUCAAAAGUAACAAUUUAUUGAUUUUCUUUGUAUGUGCUAAUAACCUUAAAACAACAACUAAAAUGGAACGAAGGAAGUAUAAAGUAGGGUCUGCAGCUGAGUUCAGAACUUGUUCAACAAUUCAAAUCUUCCAAUUACUCAAUACAGGAAUCUCUGCUAUGGCAGUAUCAAUGCUAGGUAGGUAAGUUGAUCUAUUUGCUGCUGUGAUAUUGGUGUUAAGUUUAACUUAAUGAUCUGCAAUGUGCUCACAAUUCGCAAGUGGAAGGAAGGUCAUAACAUUUAUUUGGAAUUGUUAUUAUUAUUUUUUUGAUUGGAAAAUGUUACUUGUUAGUACAUGAUGCUCAAUUUGUUGUCUUGGUUCAAGGCCUACAUCAAACUCCAGGUAACAAAACAUUGUUAUACCUUAGAAUGGUAAUUUUUGUACAUAUGAUAUUUAUAAUGUUUGAUGCUUUUUCAUUUUUAUAAUCAAUGUGUAUUGCUUAAUAUUUUUAUUGCAGUGAUAUAAGAGUCGAAGAACUGAUUGACAACAAAACUAGUUCUUAUGUAGUGGAUGUGGUUUUCUUCAAAAUCAAGAUUCGACACUGUGAUUAGGUUUUAGACUUUUAGUUGAACUAGAAUUUAGGGGAAUUCUUUCUCUGGUUAGAAACCAAAAUUUUAUUGACUAGAAUUGAUGAGCUCUGAAGCUCUUACAAUGCUGGAAAUCUGAAAAUGCAGAAAAAGAACUAAACCAGAGUUCUAAGAACUCCUAAACCAGAGCAAAAUUGCUCCUAACCAGAGAAAGAAUUCCCCUAAUUAUUUCUUAAAAUAUUUUUUGAAUACCUUUCCUUCUUCCUAUUCCCUCAUUCUUAUAACAUAAAAUAAGUGACAUUAUUAACUAGCUGUUAUUCCUUUCAUUCAUGCUUCUUGAAACUGAAUACCUUUCCCAGUUCCUCUUCCCUCAUUCCUCUAAUGGAAUAUCAGUAGAAUAAAAGAUGUUAUUAACUUGCUUUUAUUCCCUCCAUCCAUCAUUCUAGGAAACUAAAUGUGUGUGAGGUGUGACUUGGGUCAGUGGGGCCACUCUUUGGGCCCUCAUUCCUCUUAAUUUGCAGUGUUUUAUCAGACAUAAGUAACUUUGUAUUGCCAUCAUAAGGAUUUAAUUUUGGUGGUAGAUUAUGUGUUUGUGCUAGUGCAUAGGUAACUAUUUCCAUUGAUUGAGUGAUUUUAAACAUGGGUGCUAUUUUUCACCCACACAUUUCUAAAAAACCUCAUUCACUAUGCAACUCUUGCAAACCCUAGCGUGUACCUCUGGUCUUCUCCCUUUUCCCUCUUCAAUUUAGGUAUUCAUCUAUGUCUCUUGUAUCCCGUGUUCGAUUUGCUUGCUCCAUCUUGUGAUUUUUGCUUGUUCCUGAUUUUUGGUGUGAUUCAUUCAUCUGAUUUACUGAUUAUGUUACCUUUAAGAACCUAAUUAUUGACUGCAAUUAAUGUGUUAUUUCAAUUUUGUACUAGUGUGUUUUUUGUAUAUGACUCAUUAAUUUAACUGGUUGAAACAUUGCGUCACAAUUGCAGAUAAAUUCUAGGAUGUUUAAUAGAUUUGUCUUGUUAGCAACACACAUUUGCAGCUUAAUAAUCAAUGCAUACAUCUUGCAUGAAGAUCAAAUUACCUCUAGUUAUACCCUUCUAAAAUUCUGUUUGAAGUUAACUUUUGUUAUAGGCAAAUGUUAGUGGUUAGUUUGUUAAGGGGAGAAGGAAUUUGUGUCCCAACCCUUACCACUGGAUUACACCUUGUUUAAAGUUAGAUUAAUAACUAAGGGGCCAUUAUCAUAGUUACAUGCAUAAUCUCCUCAAGGUUUUACAACUUCAAUGCUUCCCACCCAUACUUUGGAAUCUAAACUAUUUAGUAUCAAAUAUUUAUCAACAAUAUUUCUAAUCUCAAGUGCUCUUCUCAGGACUAAAAACAGACUCCUGCUGCUGUUAAAGAAGGCUAAAGAUGUGGUGAACACCAUGCUUGCCAAAGGUUUUGUUUUAGUAAAGGAUGCAAUUAAUAGAGCAAAAUCUUUUGAUGAACCUCAUCACUUGAUUUCAAAAUCCUUAUUGUUUGUCAUGGAAGUGGUGCAACAGCAAGCAUUUGAUGGGAUUUGAAGUUAUACAGUUUGAUGCUUAAAGCUGCAAAGUUCAAAGACACAGGCGGAUUAGAAAUUUACCUGAAAUGAAGAUUCUUUUUAAGGAUACUGUGACCUCUGGCCAAAGUAAAUGGGCAACAUUUGGAGACCCCAUAAAAAGGAACUGAAGCAAUUUGCGAAGAGCAUGAUGUUGAGGAGUUAAUUGGACAAGGUGAAGAGGUACAAAGUUCUUCCCAAAGAAAGGUCUCAGAAUCUACAUGUCCCCUAUAAUCUAUAAUCUGCAGCAAUUUCAAAUCAGUUGUGUUAUUUUGAACAUCAAAAUACAAACUGCGUACAUUAGGAACAGUCUCAUCCAAAAUUGAGAUCCAAAAUUGAGAUCCAAGGUAACCAAAUGGAUAAAAUUUGUGUGAAGGAUCUUAGAGGAGCUUCUUCCUCUCAAAGAAUAUUUUCAAAUGCCAUAGUUGCAAACCAGCAACAGACAAGCAAACAAUGAUAGAAAGGAAAAUGAAGGUAAACAUCUUGUUAUCAGUUGCUUUGUUCAGAUCUUGCAUCUCUUCCUCCCUACACCAAGUUCAUGAAAAAAAGGGUAUCAAAAUUCAGCAAAAAUUCUCAUUAGUAGGAUGUUGGCAACAUAAAGAUGGAAAAUUUCUGAUCAACACCGAUCCGUUGAAUGAUUAGUUUUAUAAUAUUUUAAAGAUCACUGAAUAAUAUUUUGUAAUACCAUAAGAACAAAAAAUGCAAGUCACAAAUUUUCUA